AUGGGUAAAAGUAGUAAGGAUAAAAGAGAUUUGUACUAUAGAAAAGCCAAAGAAGAAGGUUGGAGAGCUAGAUCAGCUUUCAAAUUAUUACAAUUAAACGACCAGUUCCAACUAUUCAAAGGUGUUAGAAGAGUCGUUGAUCUAUGUGCUGCACCAGGUUCAUGGUCCCAAGUUUUAUCAAGAGAAUUAUUUGAGAAAAAUAAGUGUAAUGAAGAUUCAGAUGGAGUCCCACCAAAGAUUGUUGCAGUGGAUCUACAACCCAUGGCGCCAAUAGAAGGUGUCACUACUUUACAAGCUGAUAUUACACAUCCAAAGACUCUCAGUAAGAUAUUGGAAAUAUUCGGGGGUGAACCAGCAGAUUUCGUCUGUAGUGAUGGUGCACCAGAUGUGACAGGUUUACAUGAUUUAGAUGAAUAUAUUCAAGCACAAUUGAUUUUGGCGGCAUUACAAUUAACUACAUGUUUAUUAAGACCAGGUGGUAGUUUUGUUGCAAAGAUUUUCAGAGGUAGAGAUAUUGAUUUAAUGUAUUCACAAUUGGGAUUUCUAUUUGAAAAAGUCAUUUGUGCUAAACCAAGAUCCUCAAGAGGUACUUCAUUAGAAGCUUUUAUCGUUUGUCUUGGAUAUAAACCUAGUCAAACUUGGAAACCAACACUAGAUCUAAAUGUUUCCACUGAAGAUUUUUUCAAAGGUGCCAAUAUUGGAAGAUAUGAAUUAAGAGAUGAUUUAGAAUAUGAAGAAGAAAAAAGAAAUAUAGCCCCAUUUAUUGCAUGUGGUGAUUUAUCAAGCUACGAUUCUGAUGCCACUUAUACGAUAGAGUCAGGAGUUGAAAGAGUAUCAUUGGAUCCAGUGCAAAGCCCUACAGCACCACCUUAUAAAAAAGCAUUGGAGAUGAAGAGAAAUGGUGAAAUCAAAAGAUAG